AUGGUGAGUCUUGUAGUACCGCCGCCGUUAACAAAGGCUGAACGUCGUGAACGCUUUAUGAAAAAGACACGUGCUGAGGCGAGUUAUGUGUUUAAAUAUCUGAUUGUGACACAAAUUAUCGUCUAUCUCGAAGCUGGCUCGAUUCCGUGUCUAUUGGACCAAUUAAGUGUUUCACUUGAUCUUGAUGCAACGCAACAAGGGGCUUUGGGUGGUGUUGUGUAUCUCGCACUUAGUGCGGCAUCUCCCCUUUGUGCUUAUUUCCUUCAUCAUUUUAAUCCACGUCUUGUCUUGGGAUUUAGUCUACUGGCUAAUAAUGUGGCUGUCUUGAUGCUUGCACUUACUCCUAUUGGCUACAGUUUUAGUGCUAAUAUGCUCAUUUUAGCACGAGCAGCAGUGGGAUUUACACAAGCUUUCCCGUGUAUUUAUACCCCACUUUGGGUCGAUGAAUACGCACCAAGAGAAAAGGUUGCCGGAUGGAUGAGUUAUCUCCAAGGAAGUGUCCCCAUGGGCGUCAUGCUUGGCUAUUUUGCAGGCACAGUGAGCAAUUGGAUUGUACCGGAGAGCUCGACGCUUAUGCAGACGUGGCGUUGGCCUUUUCUACUGCAGUUUGUAGCCUUGUUGCCUAUUAAUGUCGCGAUCUUUUUCGUACCGACGAAACAUCUCGUGAUUCGAAGUGAUAUCGAUCGAGAUGUUGUAGGAAGUGGAGGGACACAGAGCUCAAGUGAAAGCUCAUCUGAUGGCUGUACAGAUGGGGAAACGCAGAUGAUCGAGGUGGCAUCCACGACCAGUGUACAGAAGGAGGAAGGCGUUGCUGUAGAAAGCAGCUAUCAGCAUGAAGACGACGAGGUGCACGAAGAAGGAGCUGCGUCGAGUGACAGUGGGAUACAGCCGCUUCAUAGUGGACGGGGAGGCUUCUUGAGUGCACGCGGCAGGUCUGGUUUUAAUUUGCACAGCUUUCUAGACGAUAAUGUGGCCGGCACACCAAUGAGUGCAAGGUCAACGACGUAUCAUGACGAGGAAGACGCACUGCUUGCUAGCGCGAGCAUGUACGGCGUGAGCAACAAGCGCAGCUUCCAACAGCUUCUCCAGAACCAGCAGCAGCAGUACCACUUUGCUCAAUGUGAAGAGACUGUUGGAGCGGCUUCACUGCGGCGAACUGUGAUCCGACCUCCUAGCGUGCGCGGUACGACGCUAUUGGAUACGGUUGCAGAUGAACAGGAGAAUGACGAUAGCACUGUCAGUGCUCCCGCGGCGAUCUCAACGUCGCCAGUUAAUGCCAAGGCUUCCGGGGUCGACGCUGUCAUCUCUGUACCUUCACCUACGGUGCAGGAGCCGACAUCGCCGGUGUCCAAGACUCCCGCUCAUGUGCCACCAACAUACGGCGCCUUGGACAGAGUAGUUGCCUCAAUGAGUUCUCCGCCAACGUCGCCGCGAAUAAAUAUGCUGGAGGCAGAAGAUGAGUUUGAGGUGUACAGCCAAGGCGCGUUCUCGGAAGGCGUGUAUGAGCUGUUGCAUAUGCCCGUGUUCUGUCUGAUUGUGUUUGGCCUCACGACAGUGUACUUCGUUGUCACGGGCGUGCAGUACUGGAGCACCAUCUACAUGAUCAAGUCGCUGCAUGCAUCCAAGUAUCUCGUUAACGCGCUUUUCGUGGUCGUCUCUGGCACAGGACCUAUCCUGGGCGUAUUUUUUGGUGGAUGGCUGAUUGACCGAUCUGGAGGAUAUAUCGGCGUGGAGCAGCGUGCGAGGGCACUGGGUAUUUGCAUGAGUCUGGGGCUGACAGCCUUCUUUAUUUCGGCGGUGGCGACGUUCUUCGACAACGUCUUUAUUACCUCCGGCUUCUUGUGGUUGUUACUUUUCUUCGGCGGCGCAAUCCUACCAGCUUGCACAGGCAUCUUCAUCUCGGUAGUGCCUGCUGAACACCGUGCGCUCGCUUCUUCAUUUUCCGUCAUGGUCUUUAACCUGUUUGGUUACUCGCUCUCUCCCUACCUCACGGGUCUUAUCAUGGAGUGGGUCAUUUCGAAGCAGGGACAGCCGAACAGCUACUUCGAGAACUGUGACGAAGCAUGCGCUUACAGGAUCGGAUUUCGGUUCUGUCUGUGUUGGUCCGUGUGGUCCGUCCUCUGUAUCGGUUCCGCAUGGCACAUCGCUUCUCGGCAGGCAGAGGAAGCUCGCCGGGUGCAACACUUUUACUCCGCGCAGCGUCCAGCACUUGCGGAAGAAUGCUGA